GCGGAUAACUGGAUCAGKUUUGAGAAGGAAACACCAAUCUAGGCUGGUUUAAAUAGAGAGCCAUCGAACAAUGUAUCAAGGGCUCUAUUUACUUCUGACUGGACUAUAUUUUCUAUUUACCGACACGAAUACUGAGGACACGACGACAGGCCGAUCAUCAAACGUAAAAAUCACGAAUAAUGCUCGAAUACCAGGUUUCAUCUUGUCUACAAAGCRGUCAUUCAACAUCCUCGCAUGCGCACACGUUUGCCUUUCACAUGCAAAGUGCGCGUCGUUUAAUUUCCAUAAAAGGCCUGAGGAGAGUGGGAAUUGUGAGCUUAAUACCGAUGGAUUUCUUUAUAAAAACAUUAAGCCUCAAUAUCAUGCUGGCUGGACAUACGGAUUUAUUACAGGACGAAGUUAUGCGUUCAACGUAACCUUUACCACUUUGAAUGGUGUUGGCGCUAAGGGACCAACAAACACUUCACGGUACACAGGGACAUUAUUACAAGACUUAAUACAGCUACAAAACGGUAUCCAAAUAUGGAGAGUACCAAUCAGGGGCACCUACACGAUAGUUGCUCUAGGUGCAUCUGGCGGUAAUGGCACGAAUGGCACAGGUUCUAGGUACUGGCGACUUGGAGGAAGAGGAGCAAGAAUACAAGGGGACUUUYAUCUUUUAGAGGGUACCAUAUUGAAGGUCCUAGUAGGACAAARUGGAUUUUGUGCCCCUUAUGGUUCACGCAGACCAGGGGGUGGWGGAGGAGGGAGUUUUGUGACGUUACAAGAUAAUAYGCCGUUGAUAAUUGCUGGCGGAGGGGGAGGKGGUGCGGCGCCAUGGAUCGGCUUCCACCAUGGUGACAACGCUGAAAUCAUUARAAAUGGUUCUACGUAYGGGGGUAGCUACGGYACCGGGGGAACACUCUACGAUGUGCCUUAUAGAACAUUUCACAGGCGUUACCAGGCAGCCGCUGGAGGAGGGCUAUUGACUAAUGGUGCAUCCGGGAACUACACYUCAGGAGGACGUGCAUUUAUCAAUGGUGGCGAGGGAGGGAUGGGAAGGGACUUUGCACAAGGAGGAUUUGGAGGUGGCGGUGGUGCAUCUUUGUACCCUGGGGGAGGSGGAGGUUACUCAGGUGGUGGUAUUGUUAGGGCAACGCGGUAUACAAAAGCUGGAGGCGGCGGAUCGUUUAAUGGUGGGAUAARAAAGAAGAAUUCUACAAGAUUACGGCGAGGACCAGGGAUCAUUAAAAUACGACUUAUCAAAUCUGAUGUCGACAUGAUGUGAUGUGACUUGGUACUGCUAUAUACAUAUUGCGCAAUCACAGUGACGUCACACCUGAGUGGAAUUCACGACCGUACAACAUCUAUGRAUGCUUUAUCUUAAAACAAUGUGUAGGCAUAUUGCAUCUCUAAAACAUCAAUGGUACAGGAUGCCUAGC